GUAGUAUUUGUAUUCUUUUUGGCUAAAUAGAUAAUCAAGCACUUUCAUCAUAUCAGCCACAGGAAGUCCACUGCUGAACAUAGGCCUCCCCCAAGGAUCUCCACGUCAACCUGUUGGAAGCAGCCUGCAUCUAGCGACUUCCUGCGACCCUAGCCAGGUCGUCCGUCCACCUUGUAGGCGGGCGUCCGACCUUGCGUUUGCCUGUACGCACUUUGAUUCAUUGAAAUUUUUCAUUUUUGCAACACUAUUUAUGUGGUUGUUAAUGGUUUGUGAUGGUUUAUCUGAGGAUGGUUUGUUUAUUUUUCCUAAAUGUCAAACUUAUUUUAUAUUCCUUUGCUGUUUGGCACAUGUUCUAUGAUUUGGCAUGUGCCCAAAGACCACGAAGCUUCCUCGUGCAAAUUAGCAAAGACCUUGUAUAAAUAUGAGAUUCUUAUAUAAGCAAUACUUUAUUUAUAAUUGUUUCUGGAAUCGCCAUGGGAGCUUACAGUAAGCUGAGAAAUGUUUUCAUAAAAUAUCCCCUUUUAAGGGGAAUGGCAUCUUAUGGUGUUAUAUGGCCAAUUUCGAGCUUAAUACAACAAACAUUUGAAGGAAAAAAUUUCGAAAACUAUGACUGGUGGCGAUGUGCAAGGUUUGGAUUAUAUGGCUCCUGUUAUGUUGCUCCUACUCUUUACUCCUGGCUGACUGUUGCCAAUGUUAUGUGGCCUGGAACGUCAUUACGGUCUGGCAUAAUUAAAACUUUUGUAGAAACUCUUUCAUAUACACCGCUUGCAAUGUGCAGUUUUUACUUUGGUAUGAGCUUAUUAGAAGGAAAAGCUUUUAAUGAAUCUGUUUUAGAAGUUAAAGCAAAAUUCCUUCCAACCUAUAAGGUUGGAGCGUCAGUCUGGCCUGCUGUAGCAUUGAUCAAUUUCUGUCUAAUUCCACCACGUAACAGGGUACCUUUUAUCAGUGUUUGCAGUUUAAUUUGGACAUGUUUCUUAGCAUACAUGAAACAUUUAGAGCAAAAUAGUGAAGUUUUAAAACCUGGGCAAAGUCCAGUUAAAUUAUUUAUCUAAGCUCAAAGCUAGGUAUCGAAUUUUAUCACGGUAAUAUAUAAAUUUUAUAAUCAUUUAAUUUAUUAUAGUACAAUUUUUAUCAGUAUGCAGUACAUAGAUUUAAUAACUUAUGUGUUAACAAUGGUCUUAAAGAUAUGUGAUAUUAAUAUAUUAAAAGUUUAGCUAUUUAUUAGCAUGGCAAUGGCAAUUGUUGAUGUUAUUGUUAUGAUAGACAUAAUUACCUAUAAUUUUAGAAACAUUUGAAAUUUUUUAGACACAAUUUUAUUGGGACUGGCAAUAACAUUUAGAAUUGUAAAGAUAUACUUAGUUAAAACAAAAAUUUAAAAACACUCAAUUCAUUUUUCCCGAAAGUAUGUCAAUGAUUUUAGUAGCAAUGAUAAUCUGUAAUAUAUUGUUUUUUAGCGUAUUCCUUUAACUAAAACUAUUUUUUUACAACCAAUAUUGAAACAUUUUUGUGGCAAUCCUUUUGGUUUUUUUUUUUUUAUUUUAGUUAGUUGAAAAUAUGUGUUUGUACUUGAUUUAUGUGGCGAAUUAUUCUUAGUUCAGUUGCUGUAAAAAACAUGAUUUGAUAUGUAAUAUAGCUAGAUGGUACCUUUAUAUUGAUUCAGAAAAUGUAAAUUAAAUAACUCAACUUUUAUUUUUAUAGUUAUAGCUUGUGGCUUCGCUCGCGUGAAAGCCCUUUCCUCCUACUAAUGUACCCAAAACAAUAGAGAAUUCUGUCCAUAUUUAUAUGACACUAUAAACAGAUAUUUAAAACAUCUGUUAAAAAAUUAUAUUAUUAUUUUCCAUGGGAGCAAAUUACCAUGAUAAAAAGUAGCCCAUGUGUACACUCAGGAUAUACCUAUCUGUCUACCCGUGUGCCCAAUUACAUCAAAAUCCAUUCAGCUAUUUCUGUAUUUAUUAUACAUCUAAACACAAGUAUUACUCAACCAUAGAUUAUUCAAUUCCAAUAUUGAAUUUAAAAUUGUUAAUAAAAAAUUACGUAAUUAUUGGAUAUUAUUCUCAUAUUGUAAUCAAUUGAUUUAACGCUUUUCAUAGUGAAAGUUGAUACACAUAGUGACUUUUAAAAUAAACCGAUAAGCCAAAUCUUGCCGGAAGCGAAAUAUUUGGCUGACCCUGGUUUAUAUAAUAUUCAGUAUUUAUGCCUAUUAGUUGUAAAAUUACGUCAUAUUAAAUUUUAAACGCCGAAAUAUCCAUGAUUAUUAAUUAUUUUUACGUUUUUCUUUCAACUGCGAGAACUAAUCACUAACUAGACGUGAAUUUAAAUUCUUUACUUGCCAAUACUUGUUUAGUUACCCAGAUUAAAGGUGAAACAAAAUGUAUGAAAAUGGACCUUGAGGUAUCGCCUUAAUAUGAAGACUAUAGUGGCUUUAUAGAAUCUAGCCAUGACACAUGAUAAAGUAUCGUUGAAUAACAAUAAAUAACCUUAGGCUGAAUGGAGAGGGGGUUAAUAAGGAGGUUUUUAAGAAAAUAAUAUUUGGAAAGUGUAUGUAAAAAAGUAUGUUUAAUCAGCCAAUUUAAUGUUUCAAUUCUUUUUAGUUUUAUUGCUGACUGCAUUCAAUUCUUUUUCUUACACCACCCCUGUAUUAUUGAAUGUCCUAUCUCUGAGCACGAACCUCCUCUACUACUGACAAGGUUUAGACAUUAGUCCACCCCUCUAGUCUGGUGCUGGUGAAACACAUUCUGAAUUAAUGUAACAACCACUGUUUAUAGCAAAA